GUUGACUGUAGUGAGGUCAAAAAAUAAAUGAAAGAAAUGAGAGAUUGAAAAGAAAUAAGUGUGUGUACGUGGCGUGUGAGAAGGGGAAAUGUUGAGGUACGCGUGUGCCUUUUCUCUAUGAGACCCAAAAUGAGCUCAAAGAUCCCUUCCUAAUUGUCGGAGACCUAACCUCAACCCAAAACACGAGAAAAACUCGCCUAAUUUUUGGUCAAAAAUGAUGCUGAGUAAAUUUAACCCACUGCGUGCCCUACUGUCAGCUGAAAAACUAACGCCAGUGAUGACACAAUCUUCAGGAUUCAAGAAUGUACCACCUCCUAAGGAAUUCAAAAAUGUUGAGAUGCCGGAGAGAGGGCGAUUACGACCUAUGGAGAAGGUACCUCAGUACCCUGCGAAUAUAAGGCCAUUCAAAAUGCAGAAAAGAUUGAGGUACAUGAGGGGUCCAGAGAACGUUCACAAUCAGCUACUUCAUAAACAAUACGGGAUUGUUGCAACUAGCGGUGGUAGAUUACGAUAUGAACAUUUUGAAAUGAUUCGUAUGUUCUUCCUGAGGCAUAUGGACCUUGAUUCCGGCAAAAUAUUCGCCAUGUGGAGAGUCGAUCCACCCUGGCAACCAGUCACCAAGAAGGGUCAAGGACAACGAAUGGGAGGUGGAAAAGGACAUAUUAAUCACUAUGUUACGCCCAUUAAAGUUGGAAGAGUAAUAGUGGAAGUCGGAGGACACGUGGAAUACUUUGAAGUGGAAGCCACCCUCAGAAAUGUGGCAGCAAGAUUACCGUUCAAAGCCGAAGCUGUAUCCUACCAGAGUAUGCUAGAGAAGCAAGAAAAAGAGGAAAUACUGGAGAAAACGAAUUGCAAUCCUUGGACGUGGAAGUAUGUUAUACAGAAUAAUAUGGGGGGAUGUCACAAUUGGAUAUCGAAGUACGACCUGAAAUAUUUAGGAAAGUAUCUGUAAUUUUUUCCAUUUUUAUUAUCCAGUAUUGAGUGAAUAUACUGAAUAAAGCUACAAUCAUUUAACGUGAA